CACUAGUCAUUCAAUCACCUUUUUCUAUAUAAUCUCCCCACAUCACAAACCCAAAAGAUUUUCCCUUUCUUCCCUUUUUCUUCCUUGUUCUUUUUUGUUCCUGAAUUCUUCAAAUUUUGCAGAUUAACCCACCAAUUAUCUCCAAAACCCCACCAUUGAUUGGGCUUGGAAUCAUUUUUUUUUAUUUUUUAUUCCGUUGUUAAGAACGUCCCAGAUUUGAAAGUGACACCAACUCUUCAGAAAAAGCCUCCAUUUCUCUCUUUCUAGAAAGCUCGCCUUCUUUGAACCGCGUUUUUUUCCUCCCCACCUCUCUUUAUUUGUGGUGGUUGUCCCUAUUUCCCCAUUCAUUUUUUUUCAUCCAUUUCUCUCUCAACCAUCAAUUCUCAAUUGGGCUCUUCUUCAUUAAAGCGCUGCAGCUGUAAUGUUUUCUUUGUUUCUUGGUUGUUCUGGCUGGUUGUUGGGUUAAUUUGGGGCUUGAUCUGAGGAAAAAUCGGUGGGUUCUGGUGCUUCGGGCGUGAUUUGAGGCUUGAUUUGUUGACAAUUUGCGGAAAUUGUAUCUGGGUUUUGGAGAACUUGAAUGAUUUUUUGCAGAUUCGAGAUUGAGUGCUUUUGGAUCAAUCUUGGGGUAUGCCUUUGUUAUUCUGCAUAGAUCUGCUCUUUAUUGUAUCCCCUUUUUAGCUUUUUGUGAAUAUUUUAAGAUUUCUGAUUGGAAAAAAGGAAAAAAAAAGGGUGAUGAUUGUUAUCCUUGUGUUUCAGCUUUAAAAGGGUUCUGGAAAGUACUGUUGGUUAGGUUUUUGGGUUAAGUUUUAAAGCUUUUGGGAGUUGAAUUCUGGAGUGAUCGAUUUGAGAAUUGCAUAAUUGGGGAGAUUUGUGGGUGAAUUUGAGGAUUAGUCUGGUAAUUAAGCUGAGAAAUUGAGAGCUUAAUUGGAAAGAUUUGAAGGAAAAUUAGUGGGUUAAUCCUGCAAAUUAGGCCAGGAAAUCAAGAAUUUUUUGGUGGAUUUAUCGGCGGGUUCUGACGGAUCCGUCUACAGAAAACAAGGGGUGUGACUGUCUGGCUGGUCUGGAGUGCAUAUUAAAUAUAAUCAGGGCCCUGAGAAUGGGGUCCUGCUUGUCUGCUGAAAGCAGUCGCCCUCUCCCCAGUUCGCCCUCGGGUUCUUUAGGGGUCAGGAGGAGGAAGAACUCCAAGAGACGACUGGGGUCUCGGACUUCCUCCUUCGACUCCCGGAGGGAAGAACAAUUGCAUAAGAUUCCAGGGCGAAUGUUCCUGAAUGGGGCGAGUGAUUUCGCCUCUUUGUUUACACAGCAGGGCAAGAAAGGGACCAACCAGGAUGCCAUGAUUGUUUGGGAGAAUUUUGGUUCAAGAACAGACACGGUUUUCUGUGGCGUUUUUGAUGGCCAUGGUCCAUAUGGUCAUAUGGUUGCAAAGAGGGUGAGGGAUUCCCUUCCCCUAAAACUGAGUGCACACUGGGAAGUCAAUAUCAAUGAGGAUGUACUCAAAGAGAUCAGCCUUAACACCACCGGAAGCAUGAACUCUGAAGAUACUGCCUUCAUAUCUGCCGAUGAGGAAUCCAGGCCCUCUAUUGAUCUUGAAGAAACAGAAAAGCAGCCUGAGAUCUUUCAGGCACUGAAAGAAUCAUUUCUGAAGGCUUUCAAAGUCAUGGACAGGGAGCUGAGAAUGCAUACAAAUAUAGAUUGCUUCUGUAGUGGGACAACAGCGGUUACUCUGGUCAAGCAGGGUCAGGAUCUUGUCAUUGGAAAUGUUGGGGACUCCCGGGCUGUAUUGGGUACCAGAGAUAAGGACGGUUAUCUUGUUGCCAUUCAGUUGACCGUCGAUCUCAAACCAAAUCUUCCAGGGGAAGCAGAGAGAAUUCGAAGAUUCAAAGGGCGUGUUUUUGCCCUUCAGGAUGAACCUGAGGUUGCCAGAGUCUGGCUGCCAAACAAUGAUUCCCCUGGUCUUGCCAUGGCCCGGGCUUUCGGAGAUUUCUGCCUCAAGGAUUUUGGUCUGAUCUCUGUGCCCGAAAUUUCUUAUCGGCGCCUCUCUGAGAAGGAUGAAUUUGUCGUCUUGGCUACAGAUGGGGUCUGGGAUGUGCUCUCCAACAAAGAAGUGGUAGACAUUGUAGCUUCGGCCUCAUCGCGUUCCACUGCAGCUCGAACCCUGGUUGAGACUGCAGUAAGAGCUUGGAGGCUCAAAUACCCAACUUCCAAAGUUGAUGACUGUGCUGUAGUUUGCCUCUUCCUCAAUUCCAACACAAACAAUUUUUCUACUGCUUCCACCAAAUCCAAAGAGCAGGUGACACCAUUGGAACAAACGGACGCUGGCAUUGAGAAAGAUCUCUUAGGCCCGACUGGAUUGGACCGCUCAGGAACUGUUCGAACGGGCAAAGAGAUCCAUCCAGAAGAUAGCCAAGAGGAAGCAUCAAAGCAGGAAGAGUUUCAUACGGAGUCAGGCAUAGAAUGGUCUGCUCUUGAGGGAGUGUCUCGGGUAAAUACCCUUCUGACUCUGCCAAGGUUUGUGCCUGGAAAAGAUGACAAAAAAGUCUCUGGAAAAACCUCCUAAAUAAUCCCAAGGGAGAGGAAGGGAUUAGUUUGGCUUUGAUUGAUUUUCUUCAUUGUUGAUUUUUUUUCAUGGUCAUCUCUGUUUCAUGGUUUUUUCUCUCUACAGAAGGGGGAAAAAGAUUUGUAGGGUGGUCGUUGAUGUCUCAUUUGGACCGGAGAGGUGGACCCGGCUAUAUUAGUGUGUCUGGGAAAUCGUCCUUUUUCUCUCUAGCGUGGGUAGAAUUGGAAUUUUUGUAAAAUCCAACUCUCCGAGUUUUUUUUAUUUAUUUAUUUUUAUUUCCUUUGUUCUUCCAAAUUUCUUGUGUGAUUUGUUGGUCCCUAUUAUGUUGAUAAUAAUCUUGUGAUAAUGAAGCCUCCAUUUUAGUUUCAACUUGGAAUUUGGCCA